GACCACCUCACCACCAUCACCACCACAACCAGCAUCAGCGACAGCAACAACAUUAACCUGUACAGGCCAAAUCGUUUACGGUUACACGACGUCCCGUCAGUGUGGGCCGUCACGCUCAGACCUUGCCGGCCUGCACGAGCCCCAGUCAGACGGGCUGCCUUCGAGAUGCUGACUAAACUGCGCUAUCACCUUGGCGACCGGAAUUCGUUGCACUCGUCCAUGAAUGGAGCAGACGUCGGGCAGUGGGGCCGCGUGGACAGCUGCCCGGGGCCGUCAAGUCCUGGCCUGGCCGACUCGCCGCUCGCCUCGUCGCGUCUCAGCGAGGCCUGGCCUUAUGCAAGGUCCGGUGAGCCACAGGGUCUAUCGAUCGGUCGGACCGAGGCGAAAGCCAAGCCGUGGCUGUUCGAUGCGGCGCACCAGCGGCGGCGAGCGGAGCUCACCGGCUCCGGCGGCAGCCUGAAGGCGACAGAGGCCGGACUGCCGGCGGACAUGUCCGUCAGCACCACCAUGCACCGCAUCUCCACGACCUCGAGAAGGGCGCGCUCCGCCCUCGAGGCCAGAUCCCUCCGACACACACACACACUGGCCGACCUGUCCGGCUUGAUGCUGGACGGCAUCGCGAAUCGUCGGACGAGCAGAGCUCGCCAGACCGACAAGGCGCAUCUGAUCAGACCGGAUUGUGAUGAGCUGAAGCGCCUGGGGCCUGCCGACCUCGUCUACAAUCGCAUCUCCGAAUUGGCCAGCAGCGCCAGAAUCGCCUGCGUCUCGGAAAACUCCUACAGACAAUUUGACCAAAGCGCUUCGAAGAGAUCCUUGACUUCGACACCCAAGUUGGUAGAAAGACCUCAUUACUUGUUUAGCCAUUUGCAGCAGGCCAUUGCACUGCAGAAACCUGCAUUCACCGAUAAAGUAUCAAUUACAAAAUGA